AUGUUGGAAGACCAGUCAAAAUCGUAUUUGGAACCAACGCACGUUUUUAUUCCCUCAGGCUUUUCCCAAAGGGUUAAAUGGUGCUGAUAACAGAGGACAGGGAUGGAGGGGGAUCUCCACUUAGAAGCAAACAAGUUCAGCUGGGUAGAACUGUCGGUGUAGCUCAAGUACAUCCCGUAGCAGACACGCAAGUCGUUUUGUCAGAAAAUGACCAUCUCGGUUCCUAUGAAUCCGAAGGUUAUGACGAUGGGGAUUUUGAAGAGUAUGAUGAGUUCUCGGAACUACCAGACACCAGAAGCAUCGCCUCGGAUGACUCUUUUUACCCACUGGUCGCAUAUGAUGACACUGAAGGAUCCCCUGAGAGUCCGGAACCUCUAUCGUUGUUUCAGGCAUGUUGUACCAACAACCCUGCGAUGGUCAAACUUAUGAUAAGACAAGGGGUGGUAGAGGAGGAUGUCAAAGAGACUGACCAGAACAAUCGGACGGGCUUGAUGGUGGCGUGCUACCAAGGCUACGUGGACGUGGUCAUCGCCCUCUCGCAGUGUCCGCACCUGGAUGUGAACUGGCAGGACAAGGAGGGCAACACAGCGCUCAUUACGGCAUCCCAAGCAGGUCACAUCACCAUCACUAACUACCUGCUGAACUACUUCCCGGGGCUGGACCUGGAGCGGAAGAACGUCCACGGCUUCACGGCACUGAUGAAGGCUGCCAUGCAGGGACGAGUGGAGUGUGUGCGCGCCCUCAUGCUGGCAGGAGCCAACAUGAAGGCCCGUGACCAUGGACGCAAGCUGACGCCGCGGGAGUGGGCGCUGUUCACUGGCCGCUAUGACACGGCCUACACCAUGCUGCACCUCCUGAGCCGGCCGUGCCCUGAGCAGGUGCGCAGCUCCUACCUGCCCGAGUGGCCACUGCUCUCCGCGCUGGUGGCCAAGGCCCAGGAGCCCAAGGGCUGCCUGCGGCGGCUGUCCGACUCCAUCCGCGGCACCUUCGUGCUGGCCAACGUCACCGACCCGGUGGAGGACGGCGCGCUGGACCACAUGGUUCGCAUCACCACGUCGCUCAGCAGCCCCUUCAUCAGCACGGCGUGCCAGACGGUGUGCCCGGGCAGCCCGCCCUGCGUGGGCAAGCGCCGCCUCUCCGUGCCCGAGAUCCUCAAGAAGGCGGGCCGAGCAGCUCAAGGGCCUGGGUCCCGAGCGGCUGGACAACUACAAAAAGCUCUUCCAGAACUCGCGCGUGGUGCUGGUGACCAGGCCCCGCGAACGGAGAGCCCAACGGCGGCGUCCGGCGGCGGCGCCGUGUCCCCGACCGAGGCCCUGCGGCGGGGGAGCCUGCUGCCGCUGCACAUGGUGCGGAGGAGCAGCGUGCGGCCGGGCAUGGGCGUGCCCAAGCUGCGCGUGUCCAAGGCGCCGGCGUCCGACUACGUGCCCGAGAAGAACCGCAGGAAGAGCAGCAGCAAGGACAACGGUCAGAACGGCCAGUUCCUGCAGAUCCCCAAGUGGAGGUACAAGGAGAUGAAGGAGGAGCGGAAGAAGGCCGAGGAGGCCGAGAAGAAGAGGCAGGAGGCAGCCUCGCGCAGACAGUCGCCCGCCAGGAAGAAGAAGUGAAACUUAGUGUUAAGGCCUAUUCACACCAAGAACGAUAACGAUAACGAUAACCAUAACGAUAAAAGCGUUCACACUGAACAACGAUAAACAAAGUCUCUCCUUGUGUUAAUGAA